AUGGAGCCUCAUUUUAACGACGACUUGACCGGGCGGCCGGCCUUCCUUCUAUUUGGAGACCAGUCGCUCGACAGCCAUGGAUUUCUAGCCCAUUUCUUCCGCCAACCACACAUGGGCGAACUCGCCCGGGUGUUUCUCCGUCAGGUUGAGCGCGCCCUCACCAAUGUAAUUGAGAAGUUGCCGGUCGUGGAGCGAGCGGCCCUCCCCAGGUUCCUCUCGCUUCAGCAACUAAACGAGCGGUACCACCACGCUGAGCUCAAGCACGCAGGCGUCGACGCGGCGCUUCUGACGAUAUCCCAAAUUUCACACUACCUCAAUCACACUGAAAAGCACUGCAGCGACAUUACACAUCCAAAGCACACCCAUUUGAUCGGCCUUUGCACAGGGCUGUGGGCAGCGGCCGCUGUUUCGCUUGCCCCGUCGCUCCCAGACCUUGUCCAUAUCGGUGUCCAAGCCGUUCUUCUGGCCUUCCGGACAGGUUCAUACGUUCAUAGCAUUGCACAGCGCCUGAGCCCCACGUCAGACCAUUCAGCAAGCUGGACGUACAUUUUCCCUGACGUGGAUCACAAGGAGGCUGCGAUGGAGCUUACAACUUUUCACGAGGCAACUGGUAUCCCACCCGCUAGCCGCGCGUACAUUAGUGCGACAUCUCGCACCCGUGUCGCUAUCUCUGGGCCGCCCCGUACUCUCGAUUCCCUGGUCAGCAACCGAGUCCUGCAGGCUACUCCCAUUGCCGUCCCAGUCCAUGGACCUUACCACGCCCCUCAUCUUCAUUCCGCCGCAAAUGUGGAGCGUAUCUUGGGCCUGGACACAUCCGAAGUGAACAACGCCUUUCAUAGGACACAGCCGCGAUCGCCGGUCAUGUCUUGUGCAACCGGUACUUGGCUUCCCGCCGGAAAUACCAACACCCUACUGACGUCUAUCGCAUCGACGAUUCUCAACGAGGCCUUGAGUUUUGAUCAGGUGCUCGGGGGUUGCAUUGAUAAAGCUCUGGAGUUUCAAGGGAAAAAGUGCUUUAUCCUGCCUCUCGGCCCGACUCAAAAUGCCACCACCCUCGAGCGACUUCUUCAUGAGAAGGGCUUGGAGGUCACUCUCCGCACUCCUCCCCCCAUCACGGAGGAGAGCAUUGGUAGCAGCGUUGGGAACCAUGGCCGGAACGGGAAGUGCAAACUGGCGAUUGUCGGCAUGUCGGGCCGAUUCCCUGAUGCUGCUGACAUCGAAGAGUUUUGGAAACUACUGGAGGCAGGUCUCGAUGUGCAUCGUGAAGUACCCCCAGACCGCUUCGACGUUAAGACUCAUUUCGACCCGACGGGCAAGAAGGACAACACGAGCCACACACCGUACGGCUGUUGGAUCAAGGAGCCAGGUCUGUUCGAUCCCCGGUUUUUCCAAAUGUCUCCUCGCGAGGCUCGACAGACCGACCCGAUGCAGCGGAUGGCCCUCACCACUGCAUAUGAGGCCCUGGAAAUGUCUGGCUACAUGCCCAACCGGACGCCGUCAACCAGGCUUGACCGGAUCGGUACCUUUUAUGGCCAAACCUCGGACGACUGGCGCGAGAUCAAUGCAGCACAAAAGGUGGACACGUACUUCAUCACGGGAGGUGUCCGCGCCUUUGGACCUGGCCGGAUCAACUACCACUUUGGCUUCAGCGGACCGAGUCUCAACAUUGACACGGCUUGCUCCUCGAGCGCCGCCGCUAUGCAAGUGGCCUGCACCGCCCUGUGGGCUCGUGACUGCGAUACCGCCGUCGUUGGUGGUCUGUCGUGCAUGACCAACCCGGACAUUUUUGCCGGACUGAGCGCCGGUCAGUUCCUCUCCAAGAAAGGUCCUUGCUCCACCUUCGAUAAUGGGGCGGAUGGGUAUUGCCGUGGCGAUGGCUGUGCGUCAGUCAUCGUCAAGCGUCUAGACGAUGCCAUUGCAGACAAGGACCGGGUGCUCGCCGUUAUCCUAGGCACUGCGACCAACCACUCAGCGGACGCCAUCUCCAUCACCCAUCCUCACGGCCCGACGCAGUCUGCUCUGUCGACAGCCAUUCUUGAUGAAGCAGGCGUCGAUCCCCAUGAUGUCGACUACGUCGAGAUGCACGGUACUGGUACUCAGGCUGGAGACGGCACCGAGAUGGUCUCGGUCACCAAUGUGUUUGCCCCCGCUGAUCGCCCGCGGCCUCCUGGUCGGCCUCUGUUCUUGGGUGCGGUGAAGGCGAAUGUUGGGCAUGGCGAGGCUGCCUCGGGCGUCACGGCACUCAUCAAGGUGCUUCUGAUGUUGGAGAAGAGCCUAAUUCCGCGCCACGUCGGGAUCAAGCCUGAUAGCAGGAUAAACGAGACGUUCCCUGACGAUCUCCUAAAACGCGGUGUCAACAUUGCCUAUAGCACUACUCCUUUUCGGAGGAACGACGAUCAUCCGAGGCGCGUCUUCAUCAACAACUUCAGCGCUGCCGGCGGCAACACUGGCCUUUUGCUUGAGGAUGCGCCCGCUCAACCACCGGCCAAAUCGGACGCUCGCAGCCACCACGUCGUCACUUUGACGGCUAGGGCGAAGUCGUCUCUGAUCAAGAAUGCUGAACGCCUAGUGCAGUGGCUACGGGACCACUCUGAGACACCGCUCUCCCACGUUGCCUACAGCACGACCGCGAGAAAGCUUCAACACCAUUGGCGGAUCAGUGUCGCCGGUGCUAGCACUUCGGACAUUAUCAAGGCUAUUGAGAGGCGCCUCGAGGAAUCCUCCGAACCCCUCACGGCCCUCAAGCCCCUCAAGCCCGGGAAUCGCAAAAUUGCCUUAGCGUUCACCGGCCAGGGCUCGCAGCAUGUCGGUAUGGGGAAAGAGCUGUACGAACACUACUCGGUCUUCCGCAACAGCAUCGAUGGCUUCGUCGACCUUGCUGUCCUGCAAGGUUUCCCUUCUUUCCUGCCGUUCAUUGAUGGCAGCAUGAAAGAUAGUGCGUCGCCCACCGUGACGCAGCUUGCUUUGACAUGCUUUGAGAUGGCGCUCGCCCGGCUUUGGGCAUCGUGGGGCAUCAAACCAACAGCGGUGGUGGGACAUAGUCUGGGAGAGUAUGCCGCCUUGGAAGUGGCCGGCGUGCUCUCCGCCAGCGACGUCAUCUACCUCGUGGGAUCUCGUGCUGAGAUGCUCACCAAGCGAUGCAGUCCUGGCAGCCAUGGCAUGCUUGCUAUCCAGGGUGGGAUUGACGCCGUCUACGGCGUGUUGAAGGUGUCGCCGGAGCCUGUCCAUGUUGCCUGCGUCAACGGCCCCACCGAGAUGGUCCUCAGUGGCGAGCGUCGUCCCCUCGAGAACAUCGCGGCAGCUCUCCUCCAACGGGGUCUCAAGUCCACUCAUCUGAAGGUUCCAUUUGCCUUCCAUUCCCAGCAAGUGGAUGUUAUCCUCGAUGACUUUGAGAAGCUUGCCGAAGGUGUCACCUUCAAUACCCCCAACAUCCCCGUCAUCUCAACAGUCACUGGGCAUGUCAUCGACAGCGAAUCCAUUGACGCCUCCUAUCUGCGCAGACACGCACGUGAACCAGUCAAUUUACACAGCGGGAUCAUCAAUGCGAAACAAUCCGGACUUGUUGAUAAGGAUACUAUCUGGAUCGAGAUCGGUCCUCACCAGAUCCUAGCCAAUCUUAUCACGUCAAACAUUUCCCGGGAAACGGUGGCUGUUCCGACCUUACGCCGUCAAGAACAGUGCUACAAGACUUUGGCCAACAGCCUGGCCAGGCUUCAUGGCGCGGGGGUGAACUUAGACUUCAAUGAGUACCACCGCGAGUUUGCCGACUCGGUUCGCCUCUUGAAUCUCCCUCGAUACGCCUUUGAUGAAAACAACUACUGGAUCCAAUACGAGGGGGAUUGGUGUCUCACCAAGAACCGGAUUCCAGCUGCCGUGGAGGAGGUGCCAAAGGUCAUUAAGCCUACCUUCUCCACCACGACCGUGCAGCGGAUCGUCAAGGAGACAAUCGAGGGCGACAAGGCGAUUAUCGAGACCGAGUCUGAUCUGUUUCAGGAGCAGCUCCGGAACGCUGUUUCUGGCCACAUGGUGAACGGCACUCCGCUGUGCCCCUCAUCGCUGUACGGCGACAUGGCCAUGACCAUAUGCGACUACGCAUACAAGCUGCUGCGGCCCGAAGCAAACAAGAUUGGCUGCAACGUUGCCAAUAUGGAGGUCCCCAAGACCCUCAUCCUGGACGAGACGGCGGAAACACAAAUCCUGCGGCUCAACGUCAUCGCCGACGCCCAGCUGGGCUCUGCCAGCCUCGUAUUUUCCACGGGAGAAGGAAAGAAGCGGACUGAGCACGCGCAUUGCACAGUCUACUAUGGCAACCUCGACGAAUGGCAGAAGGAGUUCGCAAGGGCCAAUUACCUCAUUAAGUCUCGCAUUGAAUUCCUCGAGGACGCCGAGAAGCGCGGCAAGGCCUCCAAAAUUGGCCGCGGCCUGGCGUACAAACUGUUUUCGGCCUUGGUCGAUUACCAUCCACGCUACCGCGGCAUGGAGGAGGUCAUCCUCGACAGCAACACUUGCGAGGCGACGGCCAAGAUCAGUUUCCAGACGACGGAACAGGACGGCACGUUCCAUUUCAGCCCCUACCACAUCGACAGUGUUUGCCACAUCUCGGGGUUCAUCAUCAACGGCACGGAUGCGAUCGAUUCGCGCCAGCAGGUCUACAUCUCGCACGGCUGGGGCUCCAUGCGUUUCACGGAGAUACCGGAUGCCAAGAAGACGUACCGCAGCUACAUCCGCAUGCAACCGAUUGAUGGUACCCAGAUGAUGGCGGGCGAUGCGUAUGUCUUUGACAACGGCAAGAUCAUUGGAAUGGCUGGUGACAUCAAGUUCCAGUGUAUUCCGCGCCGAAUUCUUGAUACCGUCCUGCCGCCACGCGCUCCCAAAUCGACCGCCAAGACGGCUCUCAAGGAGGCUCCCAAGGUGGUGCCUUCGAAGAAGAAGACAAAGGAAAUGGUGACUCCCUCUAAUAUCGGAGAGGUGAACCAGAGACUGAAGUCUGUGGUCUCGUCGGUCAUGGAUCUCAUUGCGAGGGAGCUCAACUGCUCCCUUGAUGAGCUGGCAGACACGAUUGCCUUCGCAGAAGUUGGUGUCGACUCUCUGAUGGCGCUUACCGUUGCGGGCAAAGCUCUCGAGGAACUGGAUCUCAAAAUCGACUCGAAUGCCUUCCUUGACUACCCUCACGUCGGUCCUUUCAAAAAAUACCUGACGCAGUUCGAAAAGCCCGACCGCCGGAGCACAGUACGGUCUCCGAUUUCAGGGGCUUCGUCAGACAAUGAAGAAAAUGCCGGCGGCGUGGACGAUGAAACGCCGGCGUCGCCCGGCGUGGAACCGGAUUCCAAUGUCACCACACCCCUGGACGACGAUGAGACGGAGCGUGAGACUUACCCCGGCAUUUCGAACCAGCACCUACGGUCCGUUGUCCACGAAAUCAUUGCUGCUGAGGUUGGUGUUAAACCGCACGAAAUCUCGGACGCUCCCGACUUGCCCAGUCUCGGCGUGGACUCCAUAAUGGGCCUCAACAUCGUCGGCAAGGUUCUUGAAAGGACCGGUGUCAAGUUUCCGGGCAACCCGUUCCUGGAGUACUCAACAAUCCAGGAAGCGGAGCAAGCUCUGGGAAUCCAGGAAAUCCGCAAGAAAGUUAAAGUCAAAGCUAAGGCACAAAAAGCAGACGAUAAGCCCGUCCCUGCGGCUCCCUCGGAAACCAAACACCCAAAGAUUGGGUUGGAGGAGCCAUGCCCUCCCAAGCCGCCGAGGCCCACGGAGUUUGUGGACGAAUACCCCCACCGCAGGGCUACAUCAGUCCUGCUGUCUGGAAAAGUGCACAAGACGGCCAAUCCCAAUCAGCUGUUCAUGAUCCCAGAUGGCAGUGGCUCUGCCACAUCGUACACGCAAAUUUCAGAUCUCGGGGAGGAAUGGUCAGUCUGGGGUCUUUUCUCGCCCUUCAUGAAGACGCCGGAGGAGUAUACGUGUGGCGUCUACGGUAUGGCUGCCAAGUUCAUUCUCGAGAUGAAGACUCGGCAGCCCGAGGGCCCCUACAGCGUUGCUGGUUGGAGCGCCGGCGGUGUGAUUGCGUACGAGAUCAUUUAUCAGCUUGUCAAAGCUGGUGACACGGUCGCAAACCUCAUCAUUAUCGACGCACCCUGCCCCGUCACCAUCGAGCCCCUCCCGCAAGGUCUCCACAAGUGGUUUGCAUCUAUCGGCCUUUUGGGUGAUGGCAAACAAAAAAUCCCGGAGUGGCUGCUCCCUCACUUUUCCGCUUCGAUCACGGCUCUCAGUAACUACGACGCCGCCCCGAUUCCCAAGGACAAGUGCCCCAAGGUGAUGAGCAUCUGGUGUGAGGAUGGUGUGUGCCACCUUCCCGACGAUCCCCGACCAGAGCCGUACCCCAAGGGUCAUGCUCUGUUCCUUCUUGACAACCGCAGCGACUUUGGGCCCAAUCGGUGGGACGAGUAUCUGGACAUCGACAAGAUGCAGUUCAGGCACAUGCCUGGCAAUCACUUUUCCAUGAUGAAUGGAUCGUUGGCCAAACAGCUCCAGGGGUUCCUUCGUGAAGCUGUUUCUGGGUGA